UUAUCUGGAGUCGCAGUGUUGUUUUUCCUCAUUCAGGUGUGUGUGUGUGUGUUUAACGAGACACAAUGCGGCUGUGCGCUCUGUCUUUUCUCUGCAUGCUGCUGGGUUUAUUUAUAGUUAAAUCAGUAAAUGGUUACUAUGGACAAAGGCACUUCCAGUGCUACUACACUCGUGAUCUGAACACCAUCGAAUUCAUUCACUCUUGGUACUUCAACAAGUUUGAAUACCUGAGGUACAACAGCACGACAGAUAAAUACACUGGAUACACGGAUUAUGGAGUGAUACAGGCAGCUGCAUUGAAUCAAGACCCCAAAAACAGUCUCUACUCUACUGUGUACACAUUCUGCAAAGAUCGCAGUGAUAAAUACGCUACAAACAUACUGAAGAGAGUGAAGCCCGAGGUCACAGUGAGGUCACUGAGAUCUGCGUCUGACAAUCUCCCAGCCGUGUUAAUGUGCACUGUGUACGAUUAUCACCCAAAAGGAGUCAAAGUGUCAUGGCUGAGAGACGGCAAGGUUGUGAAUGAAGGUGUUUCCUCCACAGAUGAGCUUUCAGAUGGAGACUGGUACUAUCAGAUCCACACUUAUCUAGAGUACGUACCGAGACCUGGAGAGAACAUCUCCUGCAUGGUGGAGCACGAGAGCUUAACACAACCACACAUACACACCUGGGAGCCUCCACUUCCUGUGGCUGAGAGGAACAAGCUGAUUAUAGGCAUUUUUCUCCUGGUGCUGGGAAUCUUUUUGGCUGUCGCUGGAUUUCUUUAUUACAUGCUGAGAGCCAAAGAAUGUCCUUUGGAAAAAACGUCACAGUCUAUAUCUUUAGAACGCACUGUUUCAGAGACGAGUUCAGAAGCUUCAAAUCCAUAACUGCAAUGGUGGUUGUUAUUAUUAUUAUUUUUUAAUUCUCAAAUUGUUAACUAGCAACGCUUUCAAUGUCUCCAGUGACGUUCAUCCAAACUCUAAUGCAAAUAAUAAAAUCAGAGAACAGGGGUUAGCAUGUUUGCCUCGCACCUCUGGGGUUGGGGUUCGAAUCCUGCCUAUGCACGGAGUUUGCAUGUUCUCCCCAUGCUUUGGGGGUUUCCUCGGGGUACUGUGGUUUCCUCCCCCAAGUCCAAAGACACGUGUUGUAGGCUGAUUGGCUGAAUUUCCAAAUUGUCUGUGGAGUGUGUGUUUGUGCCGUGUGAUUGUGGCAUCCUGGAUGUAAACCAGAGAACAAUAACAGAAAUAAAAGUAUGAAUAAUGUAAGAAUAAAAUGUUAAAUAAUUACUGUGUAUCCUCUCUGAUUCUGAUCAUGUAUUUCAUCACAUUUGCUUAUAAUAUACUAAUGCUAAUUAUAUCUGUCACAUUAUAAGAAAAAUCUUUUGAUUAAUGAA